CGGCUCCCUGACUGUUUAGUGUGUGUCGUUGUAGUUGCACAACCACAAAGAAAGGGGCGAAGAAGUCGCCGACCGAGUAUUUCCGGGCGCUUAACCUCCCACAUGUUUGUCGAUGCCUGGGUGUUCUUUUGGCGGUGGGGGGUCUUGGAACUAUAUUGACCGCGGCUCCACCUUGCCCUUGGGAGUAGACAGGACAGAUUUCUCGUCGACGAGCGUAAUAGAGCCUGCGUAGUUCGAGCGUCUCCUCUAGGAAAUGCAAGCGUGUUGAUUUGAGUCGUCGUGAGAAGCUGCGAGCGCUAUUCCAUUGAGCUCUUUUUGACGUGACAGGAAAAAAUAAAAAAGCUUCAUUCUGAUAGCUGGUCCACCAAUACGAAUCAGGUGCGCCGGAUUUUGUGAAAGCAUUCCAGCAAGAACGGACUCAUACGCAGUUGUGUUGAGCUUAUGUCAUAACCAAUUUGAAUCUAUCAGGAGCUUGCAGCAUAAUUCAUCUUGAGAACUGUAUAAUAGAGGCAUUUUAUUGUUGUGUCGUCUUCAGAAGUCAACGUCAAGAUGUUCCAGCCCCAGAUCAUUCUGCCGCCCUCGUGGCCCUCCAUCCUUCCAACGGCGACCACACAGCUGCAACAGCAACUCCCACACGUGUCUCUUUCUGACCUGGUGAAAACGGCGGUGCGGCAGAAUCGCCACGCCCACGUUUCCAGAUCCGCACAGCUGACGAACCGUGUGGCCCAGGCCGCCGCUGAUUUACCGCAUCUGCCGGUUGCGGUUGUGGGUAACGCGUUUCCGGGGAUACGAGUGGGCGAAAUCAAGUACUACAUUUUUGUAGUGCAUGCUCGUUUCAUCUUGCAUCAACUCCAAAACUAGACUCAGUCAAAAAGAUUUCCUGCUGCCAAAAAGUUUUCGUUCGGCAGUAAGACUUGUACGAGCAACAAUAUUUACCACUCAGGUCAAAGGAGCAUGAGCAAAAUGGGAUCGACGAUAAAGGGCAUCAUGCGGGUCGUCGUGGAACUACUGGCAACUACCACGUGAACAAAUACGGCGAUUUUUUCUACCGCCGCAUUGUGAACGACGACGAGUACGCGGACGCGCGAGAGGACAACGAAUUGCAUUUCGACUACGACAUCAGGCAUCCCGACUAUCAAGCUGAACUUGAUUGGGAAAAGGAAGCCAACAUCUCAGCUCCGUUUGGUUACGAAUGCCGAUAUAUCUUCAUGCAGACGAUGGACCAGGAGGCGCUGUUCCGGUAUUGUUGCUCUUUUGUAGUCUCUCAUGAGACGACGUGGGAUCCGGCAUGUGUUUGGAGAGUAUGACAAAUAGGAUCAACAGGUGCGAAUGUGAAUGAAAAUCCAAUGAACGAAUGUCAUUUCAAUCUCAAUGUACUUAAAACUCUGCAUGACAAUUCAUGAAAAAAUAUUUUCUGAGGUGGAAAGAAGAACUAGAAGCCGAACUCGCAGGCCGGUCGGUGCGACGCGAGAUUUCUGCUGGACGAGAGCAGUUGCCAGAUAAGUAUUUCUCGAAAUACUUUUUUUUUGAGGCGCUUGCUUGAAAACUCAAAAUAAGCGUGUCACUGUCUCGACUUUUUCGUCUGUCAUGCGCACAGCCACAGGAGCGGAAUGAUUGUGAUGCAUAAUGGCAUAAGCAUUGCCGCAAACUUCACGACAGGGAGACCCUGCUCGACGAAAUCAUAGCGAUGAUCGUACCGGCCGAGGAGUUAUGCGUUGCAAAUAUGUCUGGGUCUGGAAGACGAAGAAUGCAAGUUUGUCAUGCUUGUCUGGCAUGAGUGUUGAAUCUGUGAUGCAUGAGGAUGAGCAGGAGCAAGGCCUCUUGCCUGUCAUGCAAAAACGCAGUUCGCCAUGCCGCGGAAAUAAACAUCGCAGCUCAAAAACUUGUCAUGCUUGGCUCGUAUUGCAGUGCGCCCACUUUUCACAGAUUCGCAUCACAACUGUCCAGACCCAGACAUAUUUGCAAUGCAUAGGAGUUGCAGCGCGACAAGGACGGAUACUUUAUCGAAGGAAAAAGCCUACCUUUCUUUCCCGUGUCCCCAAAAGCAAGUUUGUGUUGCUGAAGUUUCUCCAACGGCACCACAAACCAACAGAACACGGAGCAUGAUCUUUGCAUAUAGCACACUAAUUUGUCUUCCGUUGUCUUGUGAGAAGCCUACCGCCGAGCAGGCGUCUGGCAUAGUAGGUCGUCGGAGGUUCAGGCCACGCCGGAGUGACCCUGGCAAACAAAUCCAGGCACAGCACAAGGGCGCUCUUGGGUACUUAUCAUGGGUCGUUUUUUCCUCGUGAUACUCGACUGCCCCAGCCCAGAGACUAGAGCAGCGAUGGAAGAGGAGGACGCAAACCAGCGCGGACUGUUUCGCUAGACCUACGACUAAUCUGGGUCCUGGGUGCCUGGUUGAAGGUGGGGCCAAUUUGGGAUGUGGUUGAAGUUUGGUUAGCAAAGAGUUGUUUUGUAUUGUGUACGAUACGGUAUCUGAAGAAGAAGAUCCUGAUUCUGCUAAAUCAAGCUUAAACCGACUGCAGAACUGGUAUGGAAUCCAAGUACUUAAGAAAGUGUAAUGAACUUCAUCUACGAAACGUUCUGCAACUGCACGAUUGAAUGGGUUUAAGAGACAGACAGAUUUUGACUUGUGCGGGUAGUUUUACUGCUCAUCCUGAGCUAAAUUUUGGACCGGUCGUACUAACACGAACUCGUUUUACUUGUCUACCGUGUUUGCAAGCAAUUGCAACGCUUGCCCAAAAAUGAACUUCGAAUUUCUGUGCCCGGAUUUCCGAAGAGAGUGGAAGCGAAAUGAAUUUCCGUUUUGUUGUUUUACAACAUGAACUUCUGCCAGUGUCUGCACUGUAGGUGUGCCCGCAGAUAU